GUCAUUGGUGGCUGAUGUACGGCAGAUUGCAGAGUGAAGACUGCAGACUGAUAAGUCAACUAUAAAACUUAACUAUGAUAUUAUUAUGAUAAAUUUAUAUUUUAUUUUAGCAAAACUCUAAAUCUAAAUUCUAAAGCUUUCUAAUGACAUUCGACCGAGUGGCGUCAUGACAUGAUUGUUUGAGUUGCAAAUCUAUUGUAUAAACAAGUCGACAAUUUACUUAAAUAACACAAAAUCUAAUGAAGAAUUAACCAAACCAAAAUGGCUAACAAAGGUGGUCCUGAAACUGAAGAACAAACCAGAUUAAGGUUUCAAGUAGAACUUGAAUUUGUUCAAUGCUUAGCUAAUCCAAAUUAUUUAAACUUUUUAGCUCAACGUGGAUACUUUAAGGAUCAGUCUUUUAUUAAUUAUUUAAAAUAUUUACUAUACUGGAAAGAGCCAGAUUAUGCAAAAUUUAUUAAGUAUCCCAUGUGUUUGUACUUUUUAGAUCUUUUACAGCAUGAACCAUUUAGAAAAGAAAUAGCUACUGCUAUUUGUUCGAAAUUUAUUGAUGAUCAGUUGUUAUUGAUUUGGCAACAUUACACUAGAAGGAGAACUAAAUUGAUUCAUACUGCAUAUGAGCACAAUAUGAAUAUGAUGAAUAAAUCUGGUACAUCAAACAUUGGACAAGCACAAACUAAUGGCACAAAUGGAAUCAUGCCAGCUACUAUGCCCAUUCCUAAAGUGAUGCCUCCUUAAUUUACUAUCAUUUAUAAUUUAAGAUUAUUUUAUAACUUAUUGUUGUAUGUAUCUUUCCAUGUAUAAAAUGUGCAUUAGGUUUUUAAAUAUAAUUAUAAGCUGUUUAUCUGAAAAUAACUUUAAUUAUUAUGUAUUAACUAUUUGCAUUAACAUAUUUUCACAUUACCUAAAGUGAUUUUUAAAUAAAUCAAUACUUGAAACAUACAAUUUUGCACUUGAUUGUAUUUUGAAAAUUAAAAAUGUAUUCAAUUUAAUUCUGAUUGAAUUAUAUGAAGGGUAUUUAUUUAAAAGAAA